AUGGCUGCGUUGAGGAGGGAGCUGGUGCCGCUCAACGCGGAGCUCCUCGCCUCGGGGCGGCGGGUGAACGCCGAAACACCCCCGUUUCUGGGGUGCUUUGAUUUUGCGCCUGCUCCCAGGGUGGGCAAGAACAACGUGCGCCACUUCUGCAGCCCGGCAGAUGUUUCUGGCCCCUGUUCCGCUGCAUCAAAGACCCCUCCUCUGUCCUGGCGGGUCGCAGAGCGCGGCGUUAAAGUGUCAAAGGCUCCGUCCCUCGCCUUCGGCCCGGCGCUGGCAGCCGUCCCCAUGGACCUGGAUUCGGUCCUGAGGCCGAAACCAAUGGUGCUGCUUCUUGGAGCGGAAAGCCCCGCGCCCGCCACCGUCUCCAUCUCGCCCUCCGGCCUCAGCUCCACCUCGGCCAUCCCGGCCGUCCUCUCGCCCGGCUCCAUCCUGGCCUCCACGCAGGGCAGCGGCGGGCAGCAGAUCCUCCACGUCAUCCACACCAUCCCUUCUGUCAACCUGCCCAGCAAGAUGGGCAACCUCCAGACCAUCCCCGUGGUGGUCCAGUCCCUCCCUGUCGUCUAUACCACCAUGCCCACCGACGGCGUCACCGCCAUCACCGUACCCCUCAUCGGGGGCGACGGCAAGAACGCCGGGUCCGGCGAGAAGCCCUACAAAUGCACCUGGGAAGGCUGCGCCUGGAAGUUCGCCCGCUCCGACGAGCUGACCCGGCACUUCCGCAAGCACACGGGCAUCAAGCCCUUCCGCUGCUCGGACUGCGACCGCAGCUUCUCCCGCUCUGACCACCUGGCCCUUCACCGCCGGCGGCACAUCAUGAUGUGA